AUGUCCGGCGUUCCGAUCACUUUCUGGCGAGUCAAGUCUUUUGGUGGUCGAAUCUCGCUUACAAUCCAGUUUGUUGAUGCCUCUUCUGUUGAACCCCCUUGGGAACUUUGGUUGGCUCCCCUUACGAAGUUCAGAGCACGCUAUUUCGCCGCUAUGGCGACGCAAUCAAAGCAGAAGAAAAUAAAGGGCGGUCGCCAAAAGCUGAAGCUGUUUCGUGCCAACGAGCCGCUGAAGAGCGUGCUCAUGUGGGGCAUCAACCACUCCCUCACCACCCUGCAACACGUGAAGCCCCGAGCUGUUCUCCUCAAGGACGACUUCAAGGCUUACCUCAAGAUUAAAGUGAAGGGCCACCUCUUCAAUAAAGAGAACAUGCCCAGUCGAUUCAAGUUCAAGGAGUACUGUCCGCUUGCUUUCCAGAAUCUCAGAGAACGCUUCAGUGUUGACACUGGCGACUACUGGGAGUCUUUUACGCGCUUCCAGCCCCUUUGGGACAGCGUUAAUGGGAAGUCAGGUUCCAAGUUUUUGGUGACCUACAACAGGCACUAUGUGUUGAAGACCAUCACCUCCGAAGAGGUCGAACAAAUGCACAAUUUCAUCGAAAGCUACCAUGAGUAUGUUGUUCACUGUCAUGGCCAAACGCUGUUGCCUCAGUACCUCGGAAUGUACCGCAUCACCGUCAAUGAUCAGGAGACUUACCUCCUUGCGAUGCGCAACGUCUUCAGUCCUCGAGUGACCAUCCACAGGAAAUAUGAUCUUAAGUGUACUGCCUCGGCCAGCAUCAAGCGUCGUCGAGUGAGUUUGGCUUCCCUCGAUAACUCCUAUCCCCGGGGGUGGGUGUUAAUGCCCGCAACAGCACACAAAAAAUGA